CAGUCCCGCUUAAGGCCACCAGGAAGCGGCGGCUCCAUCUGCGACUGCGCAGUAGAAAGCAAGCUAAGCUGAAGGCAAAUGACUUUGUCUUCGCCAUAAAAGAGUUUGUACGCUUUUGAAAGAAAAAGAUGAAUGGCUCCCUGCGCUCCAACGUGGUGGACAUUGAACUGAAGCGAGGCUCGGCAGGCCUGGGCUUCAACAUCGUGGGCGGCGUGGACCAGCAGUAUGUGGCCAACGACUCUGGCAUCUACGUCUCCAAGAUUAAAGAAGACGGAGCGGCCGCGCUGGACGGAAGACUCGAAGAAGGGGACAAGAUUCUGAUGAUCAAUGGAGUGAAGCUGGAGGCUCAGACACACAAUGAAGUCGUCAACCUCUUCAGGAAAGCAGGGGAGGAUGUGGAGCUGCGCGUCCUCAAAAAGUCUCCCCAUCAUGCCAACGGACCAGCAAAAAGCCCCCAAAGUGAUCCCACGUGGUCUGACUCCUAUGUUGGAAUUAUGGCUGUGCUGAUGGGAGCUGCAGCCAUCUUGUCCUUGGUCUACUUGGGUCGCAUCAGAAGAGCCAUUUAAGCCUCUUCAUGGUCUCUUCUUGUAAGGUGCGGCAUGUUGCUUUCAGCCAAAGAAAGUAAGAAAGUCUCCUUGACCAACAAGUGUUGUCUUUCAGUCGGCACACUUGUCAAAUUGUGUGGGGGAUGAAAAGAAGCCAAGCUCCGGGACCAAUCAUGAGAAUAGUGCACGCUUAAGGAGUGAUGCUGCUUAUUAUGCUCCUGUCUAUGAGGACAGCAUUCUGUCCUGAAAAGCAACACAAGCUGACAUCUUCACUUUUAGUCCAACAUGUAAUUAUGACAACGUCAUGUAAUAUUCUUUGUCCCAGCCUUCUCUUUUUUAAAGUGUACAGUCAAUUAGCUCGGGACUAUUAGUAGCUGGUGCCAGUUGACAGCCGCCACAUCUCCACUGUACAUACGCUGUGUCGUCGUGGAAGAAAAAUCCUAUUUUUCAAAUAGUGCACAGAGAGAUUGGUGGUAAUCACAGCUUGUUGGCCUUCUGAUGCCAGCUCUUGGGUGCUCAACUUCUGUAGUGCCGACUAAAAGGUAGUUUUGCUCUACUCUAGUAAAGACUAAGAAAGUGUGAGGGGUUGAAGGUUUACUUUUGCACUGUAGCCACAAUAAUGGAGGGAGUGGUGUCAAGGCGCUUCUAAAUUGUACAUAAAUGUCAUGUCCUCUGCUGACUGGGAUUGUGAAUAAUGACAAGAGAAAUGGAAAUAAAAAUGUUUUACAGCUG